GCGUGGAUUAAAAUAGGGAGCAGGCUGCUGAAGAUAGCCUCAUACCUGAUUCGGUGGACGACAUUCUUUAUCGCAUAUGUCCAGUUUUACAAUUCCAUCCUGCGAAACGAUAAAACUUUGACUUUGAACAAGUACGCUUAAGCGUAACAGCCCAGAAGAUGGCCCCGGCAGGUGGACUGGUUCACCAAGAAACAUCCGCGGCCUCCUCCGUCUUGCUGGUGCUGGGCAACAACGCCCGUGCGUCAACCGUUUCGCAGUCAGCACGUACGCAGCUAACAUAGGCCACGAGCUGAAUCCCGCGCUACACCUCGCUGGUCGCUGGGUGAAUUUUCUUUCUUCUUAACAAGCUUCCAAGUCAUGGUUGCUUACAAUAUCAUCAGGUACGGUCCAGCGACCAUGGCGACAAACUCCCAGCCUCCUGGUCCUGGUGAACAGCCAAGCCAUGUACAUGUAGACAUGGGCUGAUGGCUCUGGUAGUCGGCUGAAAGAAUCCUCCCGUUGACGAUCGCAAAGGGCAUGACAGGACGGGCCCAAUCCGUGCACCUGCUCGCCCGCCUCCUGCCUGCCGAUCCCCGUCCCGUGUGAAAUGGCUAUUGCGCUCGCUUCUCCUUUGUAUUCCGCUAGCUAGCCGGGUUCUGAGAUCCCGAAAGCGAGGGUCGACCUACCUACCACUGCCUCGCUUUCAGCGAAGACUUUCCCAUCACUUGUUUAUGCUCGCGCCCGGGGGGAGGGCUGGCUGGCGGAUACUUGCAGUUUUAUACUCCAGGCGUACGCUACGCGGUUGGGCCGCGGGCGUCCAGUUCUCUGCCUUCUCCGAUCCACCGAUCGAAUUCCAGUUCCAGGCGGCCGAUGGCAUUGAGGCGGCGGCUGUUGCUGCUGGUGGUGGUCGUGGCGGCCGCCGUCGCUCGCUGCCGGGCGGACGACCCCGCGGUGAGCAUGCUGCUGCCGGGACUCCCGGUCGCCGGCCUCGCCGUGGGGUUCUACAACGAGAAGUGCCCGCAGGCGGAGGACCUGGUGCUCGCCGAGAUGCGGACCCUCGUCGACAAAGACGAGACCAUCGGCCCGGCGCUGCUGCGCUUCAUGUUCCACGACUGCCUCGUCCGGGUGCGUACGUUGCCGCAGCCGGCCUUCUCAUCGUCUGCCUACUGCUUGAUACGAGCUUCCUGGAUGUCUUUUUUUUUUUGUUGUUGUUGUUGCCUCGCGCGCGUGCGCAGGGCUGCGACGCGUCGAUCAUGCUCGUCUCGCGGAACGGGACUGCGGAGAGGGACGCCUUCCCGAGCUACGGCCUCCGGGGCUACGCCGAGAUCGAGCACAUCAAGGCCAAGCUGGAGGACGCGUGCCCGCUGACCGUGUCGUGCGCGGACAUCAUCGUCAUGGCGGCCCGGGACGCCGUGUACCUGAGCAACGGGCCGCGGUACGCCGUGGAGACCGGCCGCCGCGACGGCAAGGUGUCGGCGGAGUACGACGCCGACAACGACCUCCCGCCGCCCUCCUCCAAAAUCGUCGACCUCAAGACCUACUUCAGCUUCAAGGGGUUGGGCUGGAAGGACCUCGUCGUGCUGUCAGGAAGCCACACGAUCGGGAGGGCGCAGUGCACCACGUUCGCGUCGGACCGGCUGUACAACUACAGCGGCCACGUGGGGCAGGACCCGUCGCUGAACAAGGCGUACGCGGCGCAGCUGCGGGAGAUGUGCGAGCCGGGGCUCGCCGACGACACCACCAUGGUGGAGAUGGACCCGCGCAGCCCCUACACCUUCGACCUCAGCUACUACCGCAACGUGCGCGCCAACCGGGGCCUCUUCACCUCGGACCAGGCCCUCCUCGACGACCCGUGGACCAGCGCGUACGUCGAGCGCAUGGCCGACGCGGCGUCGCCCGACGAAUUCUUCGCCGACUACGCGGCCGCCAUCACCAACAUGGGCCGCAUCGAGGUGCUCACGGGUGACAACGGCGAGAUCAGGAGCGCCUGCGCCGCGUACGUUGACUAGAAAUUACUAACCGAUCGAGGUCGAGGAAUAGGAUAGCCAGCGAGUGGUUGGCUUGGCUGCUGCCCUGCUCUGGGCGGCGGUGCCGUUGUUGACCUGGUCUUGUCGUGCGAGCGAGUGCAAUUGGUGGAUGGAUCGUCAGCCGUCGCGUCAUGUGGCCACGACAACGUGGGAGCCAACCAGGAUGCAGUAGUUGCGGUAUUCUCUUCUCUCCGCCGUUUGGGCUGGGGUCCAUCUGUUUUGUUCUUUACGUUGCGCCUCCAUUGUUUGCUGAGGUGUGUGUGAAGAGACGGACGGUAUGGUUGCUCAUUCAGACAUUCACACGACAACCACACAAUGGCAGGAAAUUUUUUUGUCAAAUUAUAUUAAUUCAAACAGUAAUUGUGCUUUUGGCAAUUGGAUGCUUCUGUUGGAAUCCAGCGAAGAGACGGCAGUUGAGUAGUGAUGGAACUGGACAUCGAGUGUUUCGUUUUGUAAGAAUUAAUUCGUAUCCAAUAAAAAUUGACUACGUAUAUUUGUAUA